AUGAAACCAUCUAAACUGCAUCAUCUGAGAAGAUGCCACCCUGAUAAAACAGAGAAAGAUUUGAAAUACUUUCAAACACUCAAAGAUAAAUUUCAGAAGAGACCUACACUGGACAGAAUGUUCGCUUCGACGUCACAAAGAAAUGAUGAUGGUUUGCGGGCGUCUUACAAUAUCUCGUUACUUAUAGCAAAAUCCGGAAAACCGCAUACUAUCGGAGAGAAGUUAAUUCUGCCAGCCGUUGAAGAGGUUUUAAAAACUGUUUUACACAAACCUGCAUCCGAUAUCAUUAAAAGAAUUUCCUUAAGCAACAAUACUGUUGAAAGACGUAUUGAUGAAAUGAGUUCCGAUAUUGAAAGCUUCUUAUGUAAUUAUUUGCAAACGACCCAUUUCUCUAUACAACUGGACGAGUCAACUUUACCUGAUAAUGCAGCAUUAUUAUUGGCAUAUGUUCGUUUUAUUAUGAAUCAAGAAAUCUACGCAAGAACUUUGAUAACCGACACUAAAGAUUUCGAAUCUAGGUUUGAGGAUAUUUUGACUAUGGUAAUACCACCGUGGAUGAUUAAUCCAUAUGGUGACAUAGAAGAAACGAAUGUCAUAAUACAAGAGGAACUGACUGAACUAAGUACAAACGAAGAACUUGAGGUUCAGUUUAAAAACGGAUAUCAUCAAUUCUGGCUGCAAAACAACAUACCCGUUACUUAUCCCAAAAUAACAGAGUUCCGGGAGCAACUGGUUUUAUCACUUCUGAAUUACGAUUUCACCAAUCUACCGGAAUCCCGACCACAGCAGACCUCAAUAGCCUCAAAACGACAUCAUGCUAUAUCGAAGAAGAUAGGCGCCUUCAAUAAAGUGAAAAAAUACUGUAGAAGUUGCUAUGCUAAAAAAGUGCAACAGAAAAUUCCAAAAAGCUGGAUGAAAAAAGUCGUUACCUACUGCAUCACAUGA